UAAGUAUGCUUAGUCACCAUCCAUUUGACCAGUAAGGUGCAUGUGGGGCAUUCCCGACCGGCGACCGGCGACCGGCGGCGCUGUGGAUCCAGCUACGGGGCUUCCAAGGAUAUUGCCCCCGCCCCCCACCCGCCAAAUAUUGCAAUCUCUGCCUCGCAACAACAGAACGCAUGAUGCCCUUCUAUCCGGAGUCAUACUACUAAAUUCAGAAGUAGACAGGCAACGAGUCGAUCAAGCGACGCCUCGAACUUCCCGUUCACCUGAAUAUUUCUAGUUCUCGAGCGCAGAAAUCGGAGGUCGCCGUGACCGAAUGCAGCACAUAUACACACAAGCCCUGUUUCGCGCUACGGACGCCUCCGAUAGCAGGAGGGCGGCGCCCCAUCCCGCGACCGUGAUAAGCAUCACGCACCGAUAAAGCCUGUCGUAUGCCCGCAUUCCCCAGAGUGCGGGAUGAACGCAAUACAACCCCACCAAAACUGGCUCAGUUGAUUUUGGCCGACAAAUCCCAUCAGCAAACCGUCCAACACUGAUCUCCCCUCCCCCAGACAACCCAAAAUGGCCGACGAAGCCCUCCCACGCCGUGACCCGGCGACCCUGCUCUCGUCCCUCCUCUCCCUGACCGAAGACGGCAUCGUGCCCCUCACGCGGCGCGGCGUGACGUCGGGCAGCAAGCUCUUCGGCGCGGCGAUCCUCUCGUCCGACACCCUGGAACCCCUCACCGUCGCCACGAACGACGAGCGCUCCUCGCCGCUGCUUCACGGCGAGAUCAACUGCAUCCAGCAGUUCUUCACGACGUCCUUCCCGGACCCCUCGACGCGCCCGGACCCGCGGACGGGCUGCGUCUUCUUCGCCACCCACGAGCCGUGCUCCCUCUGCCUCAGCGGCAUCGCCUGGUCGGGCUUCCGUGAGGUGUACUACCUCUUCACCUACGAAGACAGUCGGGACCUGUUCGCGAUCCCGCACGACAUCGCCAUCCUGGAGGAGGUCUUCCGCGUCCGGGCCGAGGGGGAGCGGGAUGACGCGCUGGCGGCGAGGGCGCUGUACAAUCGCACGAACCGGUUCUUUACGGCGCGGAGCCUCGGGGAGCUGGUCGGGGAGCUGCCGGAGGGCGAGGAGAGGGCGCGGUGGGCGCGGGAGAUGGAGCGCGUCAAGGGACUGUACAACGCGCUAAGUGAUACCUAUCAGGAGGGGAAAAAGGCCGGCGCCGAGAGCUCUAGCGUGUGGAAGUAGUGCGUUCAUUUGGGGGGGUGAAUUGGGCUUUGAUGUCUGCGUUGGCGAUGUUGGCGGGAGGUGGCUGGCUAGUGCACCGACGCCGUUGAUUGAGGGUUAGCUGGAGUCGAGGGCCGAGCUGGCAAGCCUGGUGUUGAAGUUAGUACCUAUCGUUUAUCGUCUUUCCCAUUGGUCGAAGACAAUAUAUGGUGUCGGAGGCUAGGAAUAUGCAGAUCUUCGCUGGCGACACUUUUCUGUUUCCAUUUUCAGCUUGCGAAGAAAAAGCCCGCGUCCAAACGUUGCCCAGCACCAGCGCCCCAGAGGUGACAUAGAUGGAGAUCCGUCCUGGCAGACCAGUCCGGCCCUCCGUGACGCAAUUCACGGCCGACCUUUGGGUCGGCGUAUGAAGGAUGGGUAGAGCUGCUGCACCGAUCCGCGGCGCAUGCGGUUUCCGCCCAGGGAGCAACUAAGCAAGUGCCCGUUCUUCAAGGCAGCGAGAUGGCGCACGUCUACGGUCGAAGGUCCCGCGGGGGGGGGGAAGGGGAUGAACCCUUCCCUGGAUCCUUCACCUCCAUCCAUCUAUCCAUCCUCUCUCCCUCUCAUUCCUGCGGCCACGGCAAAAUCGGGCAAGACGCCAGACGCGUCGUGCU